AUAAUAACUCAGAAACACAGUGCAUUAGUUCAAAUUAGAGAACGUUCGUGGGUGAUUGAAAGCAGCACGUAAUUGAAUCAUCGUUGCACCUGUUGCAAUAAAGAAAACUAGGAAGAAUAAAAAGUGAAGGAUUUCGUUCAAAAUGAAGCAGCAGACGAUUUUAGUUCUUUUCGCGGUUCUGCUUGUGUCGGCCUCUUACGCCGAUGCUCUGGUGUUUGUUUAUGCGAAGACCUGUGCAUCGUGUAAGGCUCUCGGGGCGAGGUAUUGUGGUUAUGGUUAUAUCCACUCCAAGGGAUACGUUUCCUGCGACGGGGCGAAUUCCAUCGCCAAUUGUGAUGCUUGCAAGAGACGGUUCGGACGGUGCGUUUCCGGGGCGAUUACCGAAUGUUAUGUCGGUUAAGGACUGGUAUUGAUUUUGGAUUUCUAGAGAACUGUCUUAUGGAGAGAAGAAAUCAAAUGAUAUACGCAGAAUAGAAUUAGAAUUGACGAAAAUUGCAUUUAUUUUGGGGAUUAUCUAAAUUCAUUGUCAUACUGUUCAAUAUUCGAAAUAAACUUGAAAAUGUUAUUCAA